GGUGGGGGGGUGGGCGGAGGGGUCUCCUGCUGGCGGAGACCCCACCCUCCCGCCCUUUGCUCCGGCUCUUGACCCAGAGGCUCCUUCCUUCCUCGCCCUGCUGCCGAGGGGACGCUUCUGGGACCGGGGCUGGCCGGCCGCCAUCGCCACGUCGGAGGGGAGGGGAGGUGGGGCUGCUGGUGACCCGGAUCGUCCCUCGGACCCCCUUCGGCUGGGCUUGCUGGCCGCCCCCUCGGGCUGCGGGGCCUCGCCGGGGAGGGCGUGCUGCCAGUUCUCCCUGCUCGCCCUCGGUCGCGCAGGGCAGACGAGCCGUGCUGGUGGAGGGGUGGCGUCCACACACGCGUGUGUCCCUCGGGCGGCCUGCGGGUCCGGCGCCUGAACACGCAGACGCUGUUCCACGCGCUGGCCCUGCCUGCCUGACUCCGCCGUGCGGCCCGGUGCCACCUCGGGGGCUCGGGGCGGCCCGGGACAGGUGUGAGCCAGGCAGGGUCGGGCGAGUGCCCUGGGGCUCCUUCCUCCUCCCUGGACUCUGGCUUCUCCACUGCCGCGUCCUCUCGGGGUCCCUCUGCUGACACGCUUUGUGGCUGGGGAAGGUGCUCCUGGCCCUGACCUCCAGCCGCCCCGUCGAGGGCCGCUGAGGUGGCUGAACACUGUCCCCUCGCCCGUCCCUCCCUCGGCCAGGUGCUGGACGGGGCGGGCGCCUGGGCUGUGGUCAUGUUCGUCGACCUCGGCCGGUCGGCCACCCUCCCCAUGCGGUCCCUGUGCGGCCUGGACAGUGACAACUUCAGGGCCAUCCCCCCUCUGACUCAGCCAUUCAUGCUGGACAAAGGUCCAGACACCUGUCGGGCCUCGGUUUCCACACCCUCGGGAUGGAGACGCCUCUUCUCGGCCUUUGUCUUUGUGCUUCUGUCGAGGCAUUUUGAGUUCGGACCAGGCGAUCCGUCACUGGUGUUUUGAACUUGGAGGUACCUGCCCCGUGUCUGUGCGCCUUCCCGUGCCGCACUAUCACCUGGCAUUUCCCCUAAAGAAACUGAACUUAUCCAGGGGUUGGGUGGACGGGCCGGGCGGUCCUUCCUUUCCACGAAGACCGACUCUCUCUCUUCCAGUCGGGCAUCCUGAUGUUCGGAGAGUUUAAAUGACACGGCCACCGUGCGCCCUCCCCGUCCCAGUCUGCCUGCCCCGUCCUCAGACGCGUUGCACUCUCGAGACCUUGGGACGAAGAGGCCCCGGCACCCACAGCUGCUGCCACUCGCACGUGGCCUGGCCCCCAGCUCACCCCUCAGAAGAGUCAGACGUCUCCGUGUGUCCUGUGUCUGGAGCCUCCGUGAGGUUGAAGCCUGAGGCAGCCGGUGGGCCCUCCCCACGCCUCCUCUGUGCACCCGGAGCAUGACAGGACGGGCAUUGUUGCCCUGUGGUUCUGAGGAACAGAGGGGCCCGGCGUCGGGUCUUCCUGGCCUUCCCGGGUGGGAUUGGGGAGCACUUAAGCGCCGAGCGGUCACCUCGAAUAAAUGUCGGCAUGUUUCGUGAAUCUGGGUGUUGAUCCUUCUGUGUGGCCACCGUCCCCGGCCCUGCCCUGUGAGACCAGAGCCGCCGUGGUGUGCCUGCCCCCCGCGGUCCCCCGGAACCCCGCUGUCCUGAGCAGCUCGUUUGUCCUGGUGCAGAGAAGAGCCCUGGCGUUCCAUGCUCAGGACGGUACAGCCUCGUUUCUCUUCUGUGCUUUGCAGCUUCAAGAGAGCCCUCGACUCAAGGUCAGGAAGGGGGAGUGGAGUUUGAGCGGAAAGGUGGAGGGCUCCCUUCGAGUUGGUCUCCGCUCACCAGAGCUGGCGCUCCCCCUCAUGUCAGGGAACAUGGACCCCUCUGUUCCUUUAUUUUUAUUUGUAAAAGAUCUUAAGCAGGUUCCAUGCCCAGUGUGGAGCUCGGUGCAGGGCUUGAACUCAUGACCCUGAGGUCCAGACCU